GAUGACGAAAACACACAGAUGGGGCACAGUGAAGAGGAUGAGGGACAGAUAAGAAAAAGCUUGAAGAAAGAGGCACUCAGUCUUCAGGCUAGAGGAGAGGAGGGUGAUGCAGAAAGUGUAAAGAUUGACAUAUCAGUCGAAGAAACAAGUCAUGACAUAAACAUGACAACUGGCGGGGACUGUGCAACGCAGAGUAAAUUGAUAAACAGUGGAGAUGAAGAGGCACAGAAAUAUCUGUCUACAUAUGAAGACAGCACUCAUUCCAUCAUCACACAAGAAAACACAAACAGCAAGUCUGAAGAGAUGAAGGAAACUAAAGUGGAUGAUGCUCCCGUAAAUGUAGGAGAACAGUCGAAAUACUCCUGUGAACAAGGCCUGGAUGAGGAGACAAAGACAGAGAAGCAGAAACCAAGAGCCACAGAGUGUCGGCAGCCCGUUGAGGCUAAUUCAGAAGAUCUGACAGGCGAGGUGAAAAACAAACAGGGUGAAGACAUUAUUAUGGAAGAACUGAAAGGAGACGAAGUGGAACACAAAAGAAAUGUCAGCGAUAGAGACCGUGAUGAUGACGAAAACACACAGAUGGGGCACAGUGAAGAGGAUGAGGGACAGAUAAGAAAAAGCUUGAAGAAAGAGGCACUCAGUCUUCAGGCUAGAGGAGAGGAGGGUGAUGCAGAAAGUGUAAAGAUUGACAUAUCAGUCGAAGAAACAAGUCAUGACAUAAACAUGACAACUGGCGGGGACUGUGCAACGCAGAGUAAAUUGAUAAACAGUGGAGAUGAAGAGGCACAGAAAUAUCUGUCUACAUAUGAAGACAGCACUCAUUCCAUCAUCACACAAGAAAACACAAACAGCAAGUCUGAAGAGAUGAAGGAAACUAAAGUGGAUGAUGCUCCCGUAAAUGUAGGAGAACAGUCGAAAUACUCCUGUGAACAAGGCCUGGAUGAGGAGACAAAGACAGAGAAGCAGAAACCAAGAGCCACAGAGUGUCGGCAGCCCGUUGAGGAAAAUUCAGAAGAUCUGACAGGCGAGGUGAAAAACAAACAGGGUGAAGACAUUAUUAUGGAAGAACUGAAAGGAGACGAAGUGGAACACAAAAGAAAUGUCAGCGAUAGAGACCCUGAUGAUGACGAAAACACACAGAUGGGGCACAGUGAAGAGGAUGAGGGACAGAUAAGAAAAAGCUUGAAGAAAGAGGCACUCAGUCUUCAGGCUAGAGGAGAGGAGGGUGAUGCAGAAAGUGUAAAGAUUGACAUAUCAGUCGAAGAAACAAGUCAUGACAUAAACAUGACAACUGGCGGGGACUGUGCAACGCAGAGUAAAUUGAUAAACAGUGGAGAUGAAGAGGCACAGAAAUAUCUGUCUACAUAUGAAGACAGCACUCAUUCCAUCAUCACACAAGAAAACACAAACAGCAAGUCUGAAGAGAUGAAGGAAACUAAAGUGGAUGAUGCUCCCGUAAAUGUAGGAGAACAGUCGAAAUACUCCUGUGAACAAGGCCUGGAUGAGGAGACAAAGACAGAGAAGCAGAAACCAAGAGCCACAGAGUGUCGGCAGCCCGUUGAGGCUAAUUCAGAAGAUCUGACAGGCGAGGUGAAAAACAAACAGGGUGAAGACAUUAUUAUGGAAGAACUGAAAGGAGACGAAGUGGAACACAAAAGAAAUGUCAGCGAUAGAGACCGUGAUGAUGACGAAAACACACAGAUGGGGCACAGUGAAGAGGAUGAGGGACAGAUAAGAAAAAGCUUGAAGAAAGAGGCACUCAGUCUUCAGGCUAGAGAGAGAGGAGGGUGAUGCAGAAAGUGUAAAGAUUGACAUAUCAGUCGAAGAAACAAGUCAUGACAUAAACAUGACAACUGGCGGGGACUGUGCAACGCAGAGUAAAUUGAUAAACAGUGGAGAUGAAGAGGCACAGAAAUAUCUGUCUACAUAUGAAGACAGCACUCAUUCCAUCAUCACACAAGAAAACACAAACAGCAAGUCUGAAGAGAUGAAGGAAACUAAAGUGGAUGAUGCUCCCGUAAAUGUAGGAGAACAGUCGAAAUACUCCUGUGAACAAGGCCUGGAUGAGGAGACAAAGACAGAGAAGCAGAAACCAAGAGCCACAGAGUGUCGGCAGCCCGUUGAGGCUAAUUCAGAAGAUCUGACAGGCGUGGUGAAAAACAAACAGGGUGAAGACAUUAUUAUGGAAGAACUGAAAGGAGACGAAGUGGAACACAAAAGAAAUGUCAGCGAUAGAGACCCUGAUGAUGACGAAAACACACAGAUGGGGCACAGUGAAGAGGAUGAGGGACAGAUAAGAAAAAGCUUGAAGAAAGAGGCACUCAGUCUUCAGGCUAGAGGAGAGGAGGGUGAUGCAGAAAGUGUAAAGAUUGACAUAUCAGUCGAAGAAACAAGUCAUGACAUAAACAUGACAACUGGCGGGGACUGUGCAACGCAGAGUAAAUUGAUAAACAGUGGAGAUGAAGAGGCACAGAAAUAUCUGUCUACAUAUGAAGACAGCACUCAUUCCAUCAUCACACAAGAAAACACAAACAGCAAGUCUGAAGAGAUGAAGGAAACUAAAGUGGAUGAUGCUCCCGUAAAUGUAGGAGAACAGUCGAAAUACUCCUGUGAACAAGGCCUGGAUGAGGAGACAAAGACAGAGAAGCAGAAAACAAGAGCCACAGAGUGUCGGCAGCCCGUUGAGGCUAAUUCAGAAGAUCUGACAGGCGAGGUGAAAAACAAACAGGGUGAAGACAUUAUUAUGGAAGAACUGAAAGGAGACGAAGUGGAACACAAAAGAAAUGUCAGCGAUAGAGACCGUGAUGAUGACGAAAACACACAGAUGGGGCACAGUGAAGAGGAUGAGGGACAGAUAGAAAAAGCUUGAAGAAAGAGGCACUCAGUCUUCAGGCUAGAGGAGAGGAGGGUGAUGCAGAAAGUGUAAAGAUUGACAUAUCAGUCGAAGAAACAAGUCAUGACAUAAACAUGACAACUGGCGGGGACUGUGCAACGCAGAGUAAAUUGAUAAACAGUGGAGAUGAAGAGGCACAGAAAUAUCUGUCUACAUAUGAAGACAGCACUCAUUCCAUCAUCACACAAGAAAACACAAACAGCAAGUCUGAAGAGAUGAAGGAAACUAAAGUGGAUGAUGCUCCCGUAAAUGUAGGAGAACAGUCGAAAUACUCCUGUGAACAAGGCCUGGAUGAGGAGACAAAGACAGAGAAGCAGAAACCAAGAGCCACAGAGUGUCGGCAGCCCGUUGAGGCUAAUUCAGAAGAUCUGACAGGCGAGGUGAAAAACAAACAGGGUGAAGACAUUAUUAUGGAAGAACUGAAAGGAGACGAAGUGGAACACAAAAGAAAUGUCAGCGAUAGAGACCGUGAUGAUGACGAAAACACACAGAUGGGGCACAGUGAAGAGGAUGAGGGACAGAUAAGAAAAAGCUUGAAGAAAGAGGCACUCAGUCUUCAGGCUAGAGGAGAGGAGGGUGAUGCAGAAAGUGUAAAGAUUGACAUAUCAGUCGAAGAAACAAGUCAUGACAUAAACAUGACAACUGGCGGGGACUGUGCAACGCAGAGUAAAUUGAUAAACAGUGGAGAUGAAGAGGCACAGAAAUAUCUGUCUACAUAUGAAGACAGCACUCAUUCCAUCAUCACACAAGAAAACACAAACAGCAAGUCUGAAGAGAUGAAGGAAACUAAAGUGGAUGAUGCUCCCGUAAAUGUAGGAGAACAGUCGAAAUACUCCUGUGAACAAGGCCUGGAUGAGGAGACAAAGACAGAGAAGCAGAAACCAAGAGCCACAGAGUGUCGGCAGCCCGUUGAGGCUAAUUCAGAAGAUCUGACAGGCGAGGUGAAA